AUGGCCCAAGCUCGGCAUCCGCAGCAGCAGGCACCCCCGCCGCCGCAAUUUUCCUCCCAACCUUUCUCCCCACCUGUGUCGUCUCCAUCCCCAAAUUCGAUAGCAUCUCCUGUGAAUGGAGGCGCUGCACCCCCUCCAUCUAAGCGACCUCGUCUCUCUCCUCUGCCACCUUCCCAAACGCAGUCUCCUUACGGUUCUCCGAGCUUUAACGCGGUGCAGCUACCACAAAAUCCAUCCCCAAUGAACGGAACGCCAAUGAGUAUGAGCAUGAACAUGAACAUGUCUUCAACACCUGCCCCUGCUCCCCCUGGGACGAUGGGUCCUCCUUCUCGCCCAGCUGAUAAAACAACGGAUGCUGCUGAGCUGACAGACGUUCUAGCGUCAUCUGGAAUUGAUGUGAGGGAAGAGGAAGCAUUUCUCACACAGAGCUUUUCAGGGCAGAAUGCGCAGGCGCAGCCUCCCCACCGAGGACCACAGUCUCAAUACCCGCCACCCAUCAACACCUCCUUCACGUCUCAAGGCUCUGCCCCGGGAACUCCCUCGGCUUCGACCAGCUUCGGUGAUUUACCUCAGACCAAACCAACAACCACACACGACUCGUUUACCGGUCAAUCUUCCCAGGCACAUGUUCCCUUCAAAGAUCCCAAUGAACCGACUCGCGAGGACACUAUUGCAGCAAGGCGAGCUCAGUAUCACAUCCAAGAACCAUUCUUGAUCACAAAACUCCUCGAGCAGAAGCUCCAGAAGCGAGGCUUUGACCUCGGUGUUCGAAUCCCCUCGGAGGGUCUUUUCCAUCCCGUACCUGGCCGACCACAGCCGAUUGAAGUGACUGGUCCGGAUGGCUCUUCUGUAGUGCGCACUGGUCAGACAAUUCUCAACCAGGAAGGCGCUCCUCUUGUGGACAUCCUGAAUCUUCUAUCUAUUUCCACCGAGGAAAGAUUCAGGGGCGUCAUCGACUACGCCUCGACUCUGGCUCGAAGUCGCCGGGCGCAUUCUCAUGGCCUCGUUCCCAAUGAGUGGAAAGAUGUCGCGCAACCUGUUGGACAGCCUACUGGAGGCACUCAAACUCCUAUGAAACGUUCUCUUUCCACCGUUGAAUCCUCCAGCGCCAAGUCGAACGCGGCAAGGUACAGAGCAUUCAUCCAACGGGAGAGUUCGCAAGAAGAAAGGCGUGCAGCAAAGCGUGCCAAACGUAACAGCAAUGCCAUUCUUGAUGAGGCUGGUCGAGCCGAGUCUGUUGAUCCAAUGGGAUCUGCACCCUCGACACCUCUCGGCGACAGGGCGCUUGGGCUCGAUAAAAAGUCAGUCACCAAAAAAGAAGCGAAGAAAAUGCAGGAUUCCAAAGCAACCGAAGCCCAACAGCAUGCACAGUCUGUUGAAACGGCCCGCAUGGCUUUGUCUGGGGGUGGCCGUAUGUUCGGCGGCAAAAAAACAUACUCGUGGUUGAAACCUGGCGGCAAGGCCGGUGGAUUCUCGUCCCCUUCACGUCCGACUCCUUCCACCCCCACCGCCGGCCCUGAGAAGACUAUUGCCGGCGAAUCCACACCCAGUCUGGCCCAGCGUCGUCUGGGCAUCUGGCGUGAAGAUCAAGAGAAAGGGGCGGGAAUUCAGGUCCGAGAUAUUUUGUUCAUGCUGGAGGCGGAUGGACGGGCGACCAGACAUGUGCAGAGGGGUUACUUGAAGGACCCCAAAGAGGAUCGGGAUCGAAACUAA